AUGGAGACUAACAAAAGAUGGUCACUCGCCGGACAAACAGCGCUGGUUACCGGAGGGACUCGUGGAAUCGGGCGAGCAGUAGUGGAGGAAUUAGCAAGCUUCGGUGCGAAAGUUCACACUUGUUCAAGGAACCAGGAGGAGCUAAAAGCAUGUUUGGCUGACUGGAAAUCCAAUGGUUUCGUGGUAUCUGGUUCGGUUUGUGAUGCUUCGGUUAGAGAUGAGAGGGAGAAGUUGAUUCAAGAAGUUUCGUCUGCCUUCAGUGGCAAGCUCAACAUCCUUAUAAACAAUGUUGGAUCUAACAUAAGGAAACCAACAGUGGAGUACACGAGUGAGGAUUAUGCUAAAAUCAUGUCGACCAACUUAGAAUCCGCUUUCCACUUUUCCCAAAUUGCGCAUCCUCUUCUAAAAGCAUCUGGUGUGGGAAGCAUUGUGUUCAUCUCCUCUGUAGCUGGCCUUGUGCAUCUUAGUAGCGGAUCUAUCUAUGGUGCAACUAAAGGAGCAAUGAAUCAGCUUACAAGAAAUCUAGCUUGCGAGUGGGCAAGCGACAACAUCAGGACCAAUUCCGUGGCGCCGUGGUACACCAAGACCUCACUUGUGGAACCGUUACUCGAGAAGAAAGAAUUUGUGGAGGCCAUAGUUUCGCGGACCCCGCUUGGGCGCGUUGGAGAAGCAGAGGAGGUCGCGUCGUUGGUUGCUUUCCUCUGCCUUCCUGCAGCUUCAUAUAUUACCGGACAGGUCAUUUCCGUUGACGGAGGAUUCACCGUCAACGGUUUCAACUACGCUCUGUAG